GACGACCGCGCCUAGGCUCCGACUCGGGCCUGUUUCCGGUUUUUUGAAACGAGUCCCCCCCCCCCUCCCGCAACGGCCGAGGGCGCAACGUCUGAGGAACUGACCGCCUCGCGGACGCUCUGCCCCGUGCGUCUCUACGGUGGAAGCCCGCUCUAGGCCUCACGUGGGACAGCGAGAGUGCCUUUCCGGGCUACAGCGGGUGGGCGUGGCGAGGGUCGCCCGGAAGCGGAAGUGAGAGGCGGGUGGCUGGGUCGCGUGGAGCUGGCUGGAGAGGGGUUGCAAAGCCUCGCAGGGUAGCCCAAAACCAAGUUGAAGAUGGAUAUACGACCAAACCACACGCUUUACAUCAACAACGUUAAUGACAAAAUUAAGAAAGAAGAACUGAAGCGGUCUUUGUACGCCCUAUUUUCUCAGUUUGGGCACGUCGUGGACAUCGUGGCGCUGAAGACGAUGAAGAUGAGAGGGCAGGCCUUUGUGAUAUUUAAGGAGCUCGGGUCAUCCACCAACGCCCUGAGGCAGCUGCAGGGCUUCCCGUUUUACGGCAAACCGAUGCGCAUUCAGUACGCAAAGACGGACUCCGACGUCAUAUCCAAAAUGCGCGGGACCUUUGCCGACAAGGAGAAGAGGAAGGAGAAGAAGAAGUCGAAGCUGCUGGAGCAGUCCGCGAACGCAGCCAACAAGAAGCCCAAUCAGGGAGCCAACCAGAAUUCCGCGAAUGCCCAAGCCAACUCUUCGCAGAACCAACAGGUCCCUGAUAAUCCACCCAACUACAUACUUUUCCUCAACAACCUGCCGGAAGAGACCAACGAAAUGAUGCUGUCGAUGCUCUUCAAUCAAUUCCCUGGUUUCAAAGAAGUCCGGCUGGUCCCCGGCAGACACGACAUCGCCUUUGUGGAGUUCGAAAACGAAGGCCAGGCGGGAGCCGCGCGGGAUGCUCUCCAAGGCUUUAAAAUCACCCCCUCCCACGCCAUGAAAAUCACUUACGCCAAGAAGUAGACCCGGAAGGACCAGGUGACUUGGUGUCUUUUUUAUAGACGACGCCGGCAUAUCGAUAAACGGAAGCGCGGUUUCUUCGGUGGAAGGGAAAUACGUGGCGUGAAAUCAUUUCGAUCGUUCCAGGAGACAUCUGGAAGAGUUCACGCGUGGUUGGAAGAAAGCGACUUUGCCUCAAAGUUCACUUGCGCUUGUGAUGAAUAUUUGUGUUCUUUUUUUGGUCCAAACUCAGUUUGUACUGUUAUUUUCUUUGGUACUUCGAAAUGAAGUUCACUUUAGGUAACACUGCCCAUUCAAGAAUAAAAUGAUGUCUUAUUUCUUC